AAUCCUAUCUAGAGAGAGAAAACAAAGGUACAGUUAUGAGUGGGGCCCUAGAGAGAGACUACAGGGUGGGGGAGGAGAUCGGCAGGGGCAGAUACGGCGUUGUAUCCAGUUGCCGCUCCGUCGCCACCGGAGAGUGCUUCGCCGUGAAGUCAAUUGAUAAGCGCCUCAUCCGAGACGACGCCGUCGACAGCCAGUGCCUUCGGAAUGAGGCCAAGCUCACGCAACUCGUCUCCGGUCACCCCAAUGUCGUCCGCCUUUUCGAUGUUUACGAGGACGAUGAGUUUCUUCACGUUGUGUUGGAAUAUUGUGGCUCUGGAGAUCUCUUCGAGCGAAUUACCGACCGUCCUGUUUACUCCGAAUCGGAGGCUCGUCGAGUAAUGGUACCGUUAAUGGAGGCCGUUGCCCACUGCCACAGCCUUGGAGUGGCUCAUCGGGACAUCAAGCCGGAUAACAUUCUAUUCAACAGCUAUAAUGAAUUAAAGCUUGCGGACUUUGGCUCAGCCGAGUGCCUUGGGGACGGAGAGCUUAUGUCGGGCAUUGUUGGGACACCCUACUAUGUCGCCCCGGAGGUUUUGGCUGGGAGGGACUACAAUGAGAAGGUUGAUGUGUGGAGCGCCGGAGUCAUAUUGUACAUGUUGCUCGCUGGCAUCCCGCCAUUUUACGGGGAGUCUGCAGGGGAUAUCUUUGACGCCGUGGUGAGGGCGAAUUUGAGAUUUCCGAGGGCCAUUUUCAGCAAGGUUUCUUCCGAAGGUAAGGACCUGCUGCGACGAAUGCUGUGCAGGGACACGUCAAGAAGGCUCUCUGCUGCCGAUGUUCUGAGGCAUCCGUGGAUGGCGAGCAGCGGAGAUUCUUGAUUGAUCGAACAGACAUGGAUACGAACACAAACACAGCUUGAAGAAGACUGCUACUGUAUAUACACUUGUAAGUAAGUAGUAUUAGUGUUGCAUUUCUGGUAAGUACAAAAUCUUAAAGUUGCAAAAAGGUAGGGAAUGAGAGAAUGGGUAGCUCCCUUUUUUGGCCUUGAUUUUGUUUCUCUAAUGCUUUCCUUAUUUUGGCUUGAAGCAAAUGUUAUGUUAGGGCCAGAUUUUGGGUAAAUAUGGGUUGCCCUGUUUUUCUACUCAACCAAUAUCUAUUACUCCCUCGACCUAUAAUUAUGUAUCUGUUUGCUUUUUUCACGGAGUUUUAAAAAUAUUAGUAUUAUAUUGGAUAUAGUAGAAAUAAAGUAAAAAUGACUAAAAUAAUCUUAUUAGUAUUAUGUUAUAUAAAGACAAUGAUAUUUGUGUAAUAUAUUGUAAAUUGUAAAGGUAUUUGUAAUGUUAAGUAGAUAAUACAGUUACUUAUAUGGAUACUUUGUUAUGGGAUUGACUAAAAUGGAAAAAUGAAUACUUUGUUAUGAGUCACGCUAAAAUGGAAAAAUAGAUAGUUUGUUAUGGGACGGAGGAAGUAUUUUAUUUUAUUAUUAAUUUUUUUUUCUUGCAGAUUUUUUUAUUGAAUAAUCUUCACUUUCAAAAAUAAAAAAUAUGUAGUAUUUUUAUUUUAUAUUAAAGAGCUAAUGGACCUUAUAG